AUGCUCCAAAGCUUGCAUCGGUGGUUAAUUCAUGGUGCUUCAGUGAUAUGCAACUUCAAUCUACCAAUUGGCAUAUUAUCUGAGGAGACACAAGAAGCAAAGGAUAAAGAAUUCAAUAAGUUUAGGGAAUCUUUCACAAUAAAAACAUCACGAAUAAAGACAAAUGAAGAUUUAAUGAGGAGAUUACUUUGUCCAUCUGAUCUCUUGGAUGCCCUGAAGGAUGCCUCGGAGGAUACUUCAAAGGAUCCCUUGAAGGAUGCCUCGAAAGAAGUCUUCAAGGAUACUUCAAAGGAUGCCUUGAAGGAUGCUUUAAAGGAUGCCUCGAAGGAUGCUUCAAAGGAUGCCUUGAAGGAUACUUCAAAGGAUGCCUCGAAAGAAGCCUUGAAGGAUACUUCAAAGGUUGCCUUGAAGGAUGCCUCAAAGGAUGCUUUAAAGGAUGCCUCGAAGGAUGCCUUGAAGGAUACUUCAAAGGAUGACUUGAAGGAUGCCUCGAAGGAUGCCUCAGAGGAUACCUUGAAGGAUGCCUCAGAGGAUACCUUGAAGGAUGCCUGGAAGGAUAAUUCGGAUGCAUCAAAGGAUGCCUUGAAGCAUACUUCAAAGCAUGAUACUUCAAAGGAUGCCUUGAAGGAUGCUUCAAAAGAUGCCUUGAAGGAUACUUCAAAGGAUGCCUCGAAGGAUGCCUUGAAGGAUGCUUCAAAAGAUGCCUUGAAGGAUACUUCAAAGGAUGCCUCGAAGGAUGCCUUGAAGGGAUGCCUCGGAGGAUACAUUGAAGGAUGCCUUAAUGAUACUUCAAAGGAUGCCUUGAAGGAUGCUUCAAAAGAUGCCUUGAAGGAUACUUCAAAGUAUACCUUGAAGUAUGCCUCGGUGGAUACCUUGAAGGAUCCCCGGAAGGAUGAUUCGGAUGUCUCGAAGGAUGCCUUGAAGCGUGCUUCAAUGCAUGCCUUGGAGGAUGCCUUGAAGGAUACUUCAAAGGAUACCUUGAAGGAUGCCUCGAAGGAUACCUUUGAAGGGUGUCUUGAAGGAUACCUUGAAAUGUACCUUGAAGAUGCCUCGAAGGAUAUUUCAAAGGUAGAAGAAUACCAUGAAGGAUACCUCGAAGGAUACUUCCAAGGAUUAAGGAUGCCUUGA